AUGCCAAAUCUGCUGACAAGUUUGGCCGAGGCUUGGUAUAAACCCUCGUCCAGGGUUGCUCCUGUUGAACUCUGGAGCGAUAAGUUUGCCCCCUUAGAAGUUGUACGUUAUUUACAUUAUUAUAUAUGACAUAAUUUUCGGUUUCCAGAUUUAAUAAGCAGCAGUUUAAAACCCCUUCUCUAGCGCAUAUCUUUUCAUACUAAUGAAUACCUGCAUAUUCUCUGAAGCGAAGCUUGUAAAUGGUUGUGGGUCGAACGCGAGUACCCAUAUCCGCACCAUGCGACGUGUUCUCGGCCAACGUACACUUUGGGAGUAUAGUGAAACAACCCUUUAUAUGCAAAGAACAGCGUAUAAGCCGUUGUUCUUCAUCACAUCCUUGGUCGCAUGUCAUUUCGCUGACAAGUACAUUGACCAGAUGUCGAUUUUGACCCUUAAAUCGAUAUCGACUCGAUAACGUUUUUGCCAUUUCCGUCUUCGCAGGCCCUCUCUCGCAUGUUUAUUUAGAACUCAUAUCCUGUGGGUACGUCAACGACAGAUAUCUUCAAAGACGGUCAGUUUCUGUGUGUUAUAUCGAAACGUUCAUAAAAAGUGUAACGUGUACAUAGGUUGGGCGGGGUCUAUCAGCGGUUACCGAAUAAGUUUUCACAGAAGCUUUGCAGAGGUAACAGCGGAUCCCCUUACGACGAUCCGGUUUUUUCUCCACAUGGCAGGAGUAUUUUUUGAAUAUGUGAAAUCCACUUACUCGUCGAGUGGUCAGUACUUUGCCUCUAAAUCCCUCGUUAGAAGCUGUCAGGUGGCCUUUUCAGGCGUUUGAUAUACGCGGACUCCAACUCAGACAGACUAGUGUGCCAGUUCGUAUUUGGCCUCUCGAGCAGCAACGUACGUAAUUACCUUUGUUCCUGUUAUAGCCUCGUAUAUUUUCGAUCCAGGACGACCGUCCUUUAAUUUCCGGCCGUUGAAACUGAUGUACACGCUUAUUUUCUCGUCUAACAGCUCGUAAAAAGCGCAGUUAACGAAGUCGUCAAUCGUCCAGCCAUCGAGGCAUAAGGCUUUAAGCCUAGUACACUGCAUAAUUAAUAAAUGCAUAGUCUAGUAGAUGGCUUUUGCUGCCAUCGUCUGCCACUGGCACGUUACUGUCGGACAUCUGUAACCGAACGUAGGGAUCGGUCUUCAGGAUUUUCAGACGACUCAGCGGCUACUUCCUGCGGUUGUGUAUCGUCGAAUAACUAAUGCUCCCAAUUUGCAUGGUCGCCAAUGCUCCCGUAGGGGACUUUUCGUGAGAAAAUUUGUCCUACACGGUGCAGGCACCUUGUGUUGACACAUGAUACGCAAGGUGCGCGGAAUUUUUAACCAGCUGGUUACUUGGCAAGGGCUCUGGGAGGCCCACAUAAGAACUCAAAGGUCACAUGACGUUUCACCACCCAGUCACGGACGGUCCUCGAUGGGUACUCUGUCGGAGGAAUCCUCCACGUCUCGGUCGUUCUUGUUUGUUUUCUUAAACUUAGAACAAAGUAAUUUAUCGUAACUUGCUGGCCUUUGACGACCUAACACCCAGACCGCCUGGUCUAAGGUAGACCAUCACUGCCUUCGUGAAGUUCGACAAGCCGGUAUGACGCUAAUGAUUAUGUUUACAAACGAACAGAAAAACGGACAAGCGGGCUCAAAAUGUCUACGAUCAUCCUACCACAAUGUACACUUACGCUCUUUAGUGCUCACGAUCCACACAGUAUGCGGGCUUUGCUUGUAUGGUUCAGCUCUUUUCUCGAAAGCGAACGGCAAGUAAGUGUCACCCCAAAAGCCAGGGCCCGUUUCCAAGCCGUAAUAGUUCCUUUUGAAAUGUAAUGGUUUUCCACUUGAAGACGCACAUACUUAGUAGAGCAUAUUGACAAAGGUGCGCAGUUGACAAUGCCAUCAUCGUCAGCCGUUUACUGUUUUGGGUAGUCAAAUUAAUCGAACAUGCUAAUGAAUUCACAUAAUACUUUGCAAAUACAUCCGCCAUGAUCAGAUAAUAUGUUGUCGACACACUAUCCUAUUACCAAUUCCAAUACAUCUUUCGGCUGGUGGGAUGUCAACGCCAAAGCUUCCUAUGAUAACACACUCGUAUUGCUCACUGCUUUCAUAUCAUGCUGGGAGUGAUCCCAAAUUGUGUCUGUGAAGCAACUCAGCUGAAGGAGGCCUCGGUGGGCCACAUACGGCUACCACUACCUUGCUGAGGCGUCUAACUAUCUGCUGCAGAGGCCGUGAUGGGCUUCUCAGCAGUUUCUUUAAUUUGUCUAAAUAACUUUCAAAAUGGGUGGGAGAAAAGGAGUUAGGUCCAUCCUGGCGAUCAACUUCACCAGCAAUCUGCAUUGAACUGUGCACUUUGUAGACCGCGUGCUCCUGGUCGUACAAGGUAAACAAUUUGCGGGGGAAUAGUUUGAACAACUCGCAGUCAAAAAUAAAACGCCUUUCGGAUUUAUUCAGCCGCGUUAUGUGAACUCUGGCACUCAAAAAUAAUGUCCUCUACUAUACAGUUUCGAUAGUUCCUAGGUGUAGCUCCCUAGCGUGGUGCACAUACGAUCAAAAGACACAUUUAUCUUUCCGCCCCUGUUUCUGGAUCUGCGAGCUGUCCACCACAGCGAGCUUUAAGUGGGAUUUCUCUUUAAAUAAGAAAGAGCGCGCCUGAGUGGGUACUCAUCCCAUAUCUUCUGAUAUCGUCCAAGUGUAGUUUUCAGUCAGCCUGCAUAUUUCGUGGAAACCCGUUCCCUUCUCAUAAGCCCGCAGACCGAAUCAGUCGAUUUGUUGCUUAAAGACUCUUCUGAUCAAAAUUAAACAAGGGAACUAUCUAGUAUCAGCAUUGAGGUAAGAUGCUUGCCUUUUUUUCGAUAUAUUCUUGGCACCAAAGAAUGUCUGCCAAACUCGAAGUAAAGCCAAGCAAGAAUGGGCAGCGAAUUAUGAACUACCCCUGUUUUAUUUUCUAUUGGUCUAAAUUUUAGGUAGGACUGAAGACUAGGCGGAGGCGUGUGUUUUGCAGUUAACUCCUAGACAACUCUAACUCUCUAUCUGUGUGACGGAGAAUUUCGUUUUAGUCUCCUAUGUUCCUUUUUUAUAUGCCCUGUCUUUUCCAUCCACUGUUACUAAAUUUAUGGCGUAGGUCAUCUUAUUUACGUGUGUGUCAAACUUUUUAUUCAUGUACUCAGUACGCGAGAACUAUUGCCGUCACAUGUGGUUCGUAUGUUGGGUAAAAUCACUCGGAGAUUAAAACAAGAAAUGCAACAGCAGAACUACCGUAACUCCUGCUCGUUUAAUAAGUAUGUCCGUUAAUGGGUAAUUUUCUACCAGAUUUCUUGACCAUGUCCAUUUUCUUUCUAUACCUAAUGCUUAGAUAUCGAGUUGAAGGUUAACUGUUCACGCCUUCAGUUUUCCAUCACUCCCUUAGCCUUGAUCAUGAAAAGUUAAAACACGAAUAUCAGUAUACCAUUUUAGACUGUAAGCUUUCAGUCGUUUAAACAGGCACACUGUUUUGUUAUCCCCAGAAGGAAGUCGCCAUUCAUCAUGACAAACUUCGAGAGGUCUCGGAGUCCUUUGCGAAAGCGAGGGCAGCGCACGGCGGUAUACUUCUUCUUACAGGCCCACCCGGCUGCUCAAAGUCCACUGUAGUACGCUUACUCUGUCGCUCUCUCGGACUUCCAGUACUACAGUGGGAGGAAUCAGAGGAGCUGACCAAUGCACCCGAUGAAGUUCAAAGCUUCGAAGACUUCCUGCUAAGCUCUAUCAGAUACGGCGGGCUAAAUUUUCUGUCGACCGCUAAGCCUGCCAAUCACUCUGAUGGCCAACCGGUACAGGUUUUGCUUGUUGAGGUAGGCUCCACUGGUUUGCUCGUCGACGCUUCCUUUAGUGGGCUGGUGUCCGCAUAUCCUUAGACAUCAAAUAUAUUCAUACGAGUGCGACCGAACGUUUCUGAUUUAGACCCUUUUGAUGUUUAUUACGGGAUCUCGCAAUAUGCUCAUUUGCACUCAUGACUCGAUUGUCAAUUAUGAUAUAAAAUUCAUGUCAAAUAAAGCGCACACCGGUCUGGUUGACUUGUCAGAAAAAGUGGCUUCAUCCUUGUGUUGUAGAUAUCUCGCGCUGGUGACGAGGCACCAACAGAGCAUCGGUUUAAUUUUUACGUUGACUCGUCGACAUAUGCACAUCGGUUUGUGUUCUGUCAUAAAUGUCCGUGACAGGUAGGACUGGCUAAAGAUGAAAUUAAUAUGCUCAGUCUGGAGCAUAGCCUGUGUGUCUAAGUUGGAUUGGCCGAGGUGUACUGAAUUAUGCUCAGUUGAAUGAUUAUUUCAGCUACUGACGAGUUUAUGUAGUUAUUAUAUUCAUUGUGCUCUUCCACGUCCUCGUAGUCGAUAUCUUUUCCAUCUUCCCUGUAUUAUCUCAAACCUCCCUAUGUGUGGGUGCCUCUACUUAGAACCCGGAAAUUUUAAUGUUCUUUUCUUUCAUCGGCUAAUGUCUUUUCGUACCUUAUGUAGCACCUUCCUCUCGGCUUGUGUGAUCAACCUCGCCGAUUCCAUCAGCAAUUGCGAACCUUUCUAGGCCUGUCAGUUCGCCCCACCAUACUGGUUUUCGUCUUGACCAAGUCACGCUCCGCAUCCUCAUCCUCCACCUGUGACUUCGACAACACGAAUUUGAAUCGUCUUUUUCCUCCCAGCUUGAAAGAGGAGCUGCAAAUCGCGCACAUUGACUUCAAUCCGGUUGCAGCGUCCAUCAUGACUAAGGCGUUAACUCGCGUUGCCAAGUUGGCGUCGGCAGAGGUAGGUUCGGAUCAAUAGUGGGAUCCACAUCAUUUGCGACAUCUAGAAAAUGUCGAUUGUUCCGGCUUCUAUAAUCUGCAGUUGAGUGGAGAACGGGUCAAUUUGUAGUUUGAUGCCGAAUUCGUACAUGUUUUUACGUCACGAGUUCAAUGCUUAACUACCCUUAAUCCUUAAUUGUCGGAACCACUGCACCAAUUUUUACCGGAACAACCGAAAAUCUAACGUCCCUUCAAGUUAGCUUUUUGACAGUGUGUUAUGUUCGCCAGUACUUUACUGAUAGUUGUUACGUAUGAUAGAAGACCGAGAUAGCAUAAAAAAAACAACUUAAGAAAUCGCUGUAAGUAUAUCGGCUUCCCCAAUACCUCCAAAAUACGCCACAUGAGAGAUGCGUUGGACCAGCACGAGGCCAGACUUGGGCACCGCAUGUAUCAACAGGGCCGCGCAGAGUCCGCCCAUUUCAUAACAAAUGUUACAUGUGGGGAAGGGUGUGAUGGCACGUUUAGGCACAAGCUCCCCACGUCGACCGCCUGUGCACACUGAAGUGGCUCCUGAAUGUGGUCUCUAUGGAACUGUUAGUCAGUUGGGAUCCGGACCGACUACUUCUCGUUUCUAUGAUAGACUGGGCUAUUGUGCGAGGGCCAGAUCGUGCGUGGCACUCGUAGAUGAACUGUUCCAUUUUAUCAUCCUCUGUGCCCAUUCCGUCUCCGGUUGUCCUGGCUCUGUCUUGAGGAAGGAGAGGGUGUGGUAGGUGCUGCGAAAGCCCGCUAUCAGUGAGCUAAUUCACGCGCAAGUCAUCGUCCUGUGCCCACUAUGCUGUGAGGCACGCGGUGGACAUCGUCAGUAACGACGGUUAAACUGUCGUGUUUAGGAGCUGCGGCGUUGUCUACCUGGCGCGUUUCCAUUUGUUGACUUCCGAGUACUAGCUUGGGCAGACCCCUUGCGGAUUGUCAGCACCGAGAUGUCGCAUAUGGCUAUAAUGCACACUAGUUAUUGACUCACGUACGCGCUUGGUAAGUGACCUCUUGCACUUGCAGUCUAUUGUUUUGCAUGCUUAUGCUCAGGUGGCGGACAAUGCAUGAUUUUCUGAAAAUCUCUCAUGUAGUACUCGUUUUCGUUUGUUUUCAUAUAGCAUGGCUUCAAAACAUCAUACUGUCAAUAUUUAAAUAACUUCUUCCUUUAUAGUUUCAGUUUCCCGCUCCUCCUAGACAGUUUAUACAAGGACUCACAGCCUCAAGCGCUGGGGAUCUUCGGCUUGCGCUGAAUAACCUUCAAUUCCUCAUGACUCGAAGUAUGCCCUUCUCAUGCCUUUCCUUCCGAAGUUCUCAGUUUAUUUGAAGAGAGUAGACAUCCAAAUACUCACAUCUAAAGUUUUCCUUACCGUUCAUGCGCCAAGCAGCCCAUUCAGGACUCGACUCAGUUGCUUAAAGUUAAGUGACUUCUCAUUGUAUUCGCGUGGACGGUCAACAACGACAGUCUAUCUUCACCUACCAGCAAGUUGGUAUACAUGUAUCCUCAUCUGGUCUUGUUUAGUGGUCUAAUCAACACAAUCGUCCUUUCCGCAGUUGCAUUCGACCCGGUCAACGUCGUCAAAUUUUUCAUCGAUUUAUAUUGGGUCUUUUAGAUGCACGAGCUGUUGGUGAUUUGUCGCCAUCUAUCUAUGUGUUAUUCCAUUCUUCAGUUCUCUCACUUAGGGACACAUUAACACUAUAUCACGGCGCGCCUACACUUCGGCCUAAACUUCUUUUUUUCGUUUCUCCUGUUGACUUUUCGCUGGCAUUGUUCAACAAAACAGCCAGGGUAUCCGUUGGCUGUAUAGAGCUUUCGGGGACAUUUUACGUCAGCCUUUGUCGUCUAGCUUGCUGUAACAUGGCGGCGGGACUCUUAGGCUAUUAAACAGUCACCAAAUCAAACCAAAUUCAGGGUUUUCUUUAAAGGAGACAAUCGGUCACGCUGGUGCUCCUGUCUUUGCAACAUCAAGUUUCAUUAUUGUCCGCACGCCUGUUAUUGUCUUUGCUGCCCGAAGUCCCCGUUGUUGCUGUUUGCCAGUCCUCAAUGAGUUGUCUUCACAAACACCCCAUGCAAUGUAGUCGCUGAGACGUGUCACGAUCUUAACAUAUACCUCCUUGCCAAUAGAUUAUACGUACACAUACACAUAUGUUGGAAGUGAGUCCACCUACCGGUUCACGGGACAUGCCCAUCCCGUUGUGCUUUGAGGAUUAAUUUAGUCCCACAAAUAGCCGCACAGCGGCUAGUAGUAUAGACAUGAGGAUAUUACCGACAGGGACAAAGGAUAUUGUGAUGUCCACUUCUUGCUUAUUGACCGCCGUCAACCAGUCUCUAACCACCUGAGCCACGUGGCCCCGGCCUAGAGCUGUAAGCUCAAUCACAUUUGGGUCGAGUUAACCGCCCAACCUACUGCAACGUAUGAAAUCCACCAAUUCUGAUGCGCUUAACUGACUUACCGGACAGGAUUUCGUAGGCAACCAAUCGAGAAUCCACCUGACGACUGUCAAGCUCACUUUAUUAAGAGCGUUGUUGGCAGAUUUGAAUAAUUACCCAGACGUAAUUGUGAAAAACACGGCGGUAGGUAAACUGGUGCGGACUGUUUCGGACUUCGAAAGUAUAUUGUCCAUUGACAAUUAUUCGCUCCCUGCUAGUCUGGAAAUAUGUUGACUUUGAACGAUUUCUUUAUUUUCAUUUCCCAAAAUCAUACACCAAAUAAAAUAUCAUUUGAAUAGCCUUGAAUUCACCGGGAAAGACUGUUCACUUAUGUCGCCACGUAUGAAUUUAACCGAAAUACUCUGAGAAACUGAUAAACUAGAAAACGCUGUUUUACAAGAAACUUGAGUUCAUCGCCGGCCAGACUUCCCAUCGCCAUUUGCCGAGCCGGUUAAUAAUAAGUCUUACCUUUUCUGAAUUGCAAAGUAAGACGUAAAAUGAAUAUUUAAUUGGCGCAUAAGUUAGUAGAUUUCUUUUACCAAGUCGUUUUGAUUACGUCUUCUUGCGCUUAUGUGGUAAGACUAUGGAGUCCAGGAUUGAAAAUCGAGAUGUCGCUGUUUCUGCGACCGACCAAGAUUACGCCAGUCCCACCGUUGACGGGACAUUUACAUUAUCCUGGGCCCAUUCGGCUGGAGAUCGGCUUUAUUUCCACCGCUCUGCUCAUUUCCUUCAUUCCCUUUCAUAUUCUUGUACUUUCCUGCCCCAAGGUGUCACAAAAAAUGGAAACUUUGUCCCCAUCUCAAACGGCUCCAGUUUGGAGUCCCAUGAGCGGGAUUCCGGUAUUCAGCUCUUCCAUGCUCUGGGAAAGAUACUUUACGCCAAACGUGAGUCGGCAACUGUUCUGAUUGUCCAUUUUGUCUCGUAAAUAUUAAUAUGCGCUAAACUGAAGUCUGCGGCCGUGACCUUGUCGUCUACGUAAGUGCCGCGGCAGCGUCAGCAGCCGGGUUUACUGAACCCUGAUUGAUCUGUUUUGUUCCAUGCGUCUGUGACACGCAGGGGUGAGACAAGCUAUCUUCUGCAGACUGUGCCGUAUUUUGUUCUUAUUGUGUUAUCUACGAAGGGGGAGAGACUGAGCAUCGGGUCGGGACACCAUAGAAACCAGCCUGCAGCCGUCGAUCGAUAGGAGUUGCAUGAACUAAUGCUACUUCCUCUGGCUUAUCCGAUCUCUGAAUGGCACUAAUUCACAUCACAGUCAUGCCACAAUCUCGACCACCAUACCCGAUCAUCCAAAUAAACUACCCUUUUGGACUCAUAUCUUUAUACCCCCCCCCCACCACCACCACCACUUUAAUCAGACGUAAUUAAGACUUUGUUAUAAUCGGAACAUGCAUCACAUCCAAGUGCCGAGCCCAUGUGAAGGUACUGGAGAUGUCCCAUUUCUCCCCCAGGUGCCUUCUUUUUGCAGUUCGUUCAGUAUGCCACCACUGCUCGGAUUUCUAAAAUACCAUCGCUGAGUGGCUGCGCUUUUAAAAUUCGACAUGACUCUCACUACGGCUAUCUGAAAGAAAUCAGUCUGUUAAAAGCGGACUUCCAUUGUAAUUGAGCAAAUUUAUUUGAGCUAGACCAAAUGCGCAUUUGCGUGCCUCCCCGUUCGCGUCUUCUCACUCUUUUUCUGGUUUUUUUUUUGUAGGCCUCGACGAUAUUCCAUCCCCCGAGGGAUCCUUCCUACCCAAACAUUUGUAUCAGUGGAAAAGGCCUCAAUUGUCAUUCAUUCCUGAGGUACUUAUCGUUUUUUGACCUCCUGCACUUGCGGUCUAUUGUUUUCCAUAAAGUGUUCAGUGGCCUCUACCUAUGGAUUCUAAUUGUAACCGGGUAUUUGAGGAAAUGUAAUUAAUUAAUCCUCCCUCACUGUCUUAUUUUAACGUCGUCCAAUUCACUGUAUAUCUAUUCUCAGUUUGGAAUCCUUUAACCUUGUCCAAUGGGGUAAAGGAAGAGCAGGGUGAGACACUUUUGUGACCUAAGUUGAAUGCCGGAUGGAUCAUCUCGUCCUCUAUCCAAAAUUGGUAACAUGCCCUGCAAUGAACAGUAGAACGCCGCUGUGAUCUGCACGUUAGACAAUGACUCAGCCAUUGCGCCCAAUCUCGUCUCCUGUCGACUUGAGUUUAACAGGCCACUGGGACAUAGGAGGGAAGAGAAAGCGCGAUCGACUCAGGUGCUUAGUUCCAUCUCACAGACAUCUGACAUCCAGUGACCGCACGCCACUCCUGAGCUACCUUAGUUUUCCACUCACUACUUUUUCAGGUGGUUCUUGCCCAAUGCGGCCUCUCCGGUGACGGCGUGAUUGCCUGGUUGCACGAAAAUUUCCCCCUCUUUUUCGACCUCGAGGGAAUGGUGUGGAUCACCCAAAAUUUGACCUUCGCUGACGCCUAUCUUACCGGCGGCAUGAACUGGCGCCUCGGCUUAACUCCCGCCGCUGAUCGGAACGCUGACAGCGGUAAGACCGGGGGAACCAACCACGUCUCGGGCGCGGGCGACCACUACGCAGCUAUGUGCGUCGUCCGCGCUAUCACCCUCGCUACCCGCUCCGCCACUCCUGGUAGCACAGGCAGAACCUUCCGCAUGUUCAAGUCACCUCAGUCUCGUCAACUGAUGUGGGCAUCUCAGGACGCUCGGGCGGUAGUCCUUCAACAAGCAACCUCUCAGCUGGUGUCGCAUUGCGCAGCCACUGGCAGCCGUCUCCAAUCUAUAGUGGUAGCGGGACUGCGCGAGGCCCUUCUGGACCGGUUCCCGGCAGAGUUGAAGAUUCCGAACUCCCCCAUGACCAGUGGUACGUUUCCCUUAUUUAACUUUUGACGGCUGUUUUGAUUUUUCACGAGUAUCUGUGCCACCGUUCGCGUCCCUCUAUUUCUAGCGGAUCGUCCACGACAGGGGGCACAGUCGUCACUUGCGCGUGAAUUGGUUUGCAGUGAAACAGGGUUUCUCCGCAUCUACACUGCUGUCUUUUCUCACGCACGGACGCAGGCAACAAAACUCCGUUUUCGUCCUCUUCAUCUACUUUUAGGCUGUGUUCUCAAAUGCGGUGCUUGUUUCAUUUCUAAAUUACGUUUCAGCAGAAGCUCAGCAGCACCAAAUGUAUCUCGCAUUACAACAAAAAGUUCACAUGGCCAUUCGAUUGUGGGUUUUUUAGCAAGUGUACCAAAACAACGACUGCCCGUUGACGUUAUUGUUGCUCUCUAGAGCACGAAAUAUGAAAGUAACCUAGGUAUAGACAUUUCGCCUCGCCCUAUGUACGCAGACUAAAACAUCAAGCUUGAAGUUGGCGAAGGUUGGUUUGCUAAAUCCUUCCAUUUGAAUUACUGCGUUCUGAAACGGGGAACACGUGCAGGUAUGCAGAUGCGGUCUGUGGUAAUUAUUUCACAAGAAAUUGCCCGAAUAUAAUAAAAGAACGAUUUCGGCCAAAAUCCCGACCAUCGUUUUUCAUGAGCUUUAUACUAGAGAAUUAACAAAUAUGCACAUAUUUUGUAUGCAGAGUGCGCUUAAAACCAAGGAGUUCGAAGGAAGUUCUGCCAUUGUCGCACACUCUGGCCACACUGAUAUGACCGGGUCCAAUCAUCUCAUCAAUAUUUACAGCGGUUAUAGAGAUGAACCUUCGAUCCCCCAAUGAAUUCCGUCAGGUUUUUCUCAUUUAAAAUAAUCUCGCCCGUCGUAAAUAAGUUGUCUUUGCUACUCAUCUUCAAUGGUCUUCGGUCAGAUUACUUUUAUUCAGAGGAGAAGGGGCGAACAAUUGGACAGUUCCCCUUUGCAUAAGGGUUUUUCUGAAAAUUGUGUGUCACGACAGAACCCGCCGUUUGUGACUUACAUUACAUAGGUUAAGUAUCUAAUGAUUUUGGGGCAACUAAAACGAUUACAUGGGAGUCUUACAGAUGCAGCUAAAAGGGCGUACGCCCGGGACUUCAGGGGCGCCGUCAUCGUGCACAUAUAUGCAGUCACUUAGCGGUCUCAUGAAAUGUUGUCCGAAAUUCUGAAAUGCCUUUUCUACUUGGAGGAAUUACUAAGAUGGGGUUGUAGUAUCGAUUAUCUUACGGCGCAGCCCCAAGAUAUUUUCGAAUCGCCAGGAUGUUGGCUUUUGAGUACACUUCCUUUCGGCCGCGUAUAAAAACCGCACUCAGCAAGAAUGACUGCGUUAGUAGCAUGUUUUCACACAGAUUUUCGACGCCCCUAUAAAUUCAAAUGUAUUUUAUAGAAAACAUGCACAAAACACUCCCUCUUGUUCUCAUUUGUUGGCAGAUCAUGUCUUCUCCUAAUUGUAUACCCAAUGGACGGUUGCCUUUCCGUUUAAAAAAGUUUUUCUAUACUUGUAUAAUGUUGAGUCCGAUCUGCUGUUGCAUUUGCGUUAAGCUCAAUAACCGACUGAACUUGGCUCAGGACUUCGGACCCUCCUCGCGAUUGGGACACGGCUGACUGAGGAGGGCGAAAGUGUUGGAAACCUCUAUUCUAGUCUUACUUGUGUUUGUCGAUUAUUCUUAAUUACUCAUCGCUGUUCCAUUGUCUGCGAUGUUUUUGGACCGAAGUUUCAAGGCCAACCAAAAAGGCAAGCACUCCAUGACGAAAGCAGAGCAGACCGGUGAAUGUAACUCCCACGUUAUUGAACGUGCGUGAAAGUGACAACAUUUAAAUACGCGCAAAAAUAGGAGACCUUUGUUGUGUUUUGCCAGCAAUACUGCGAAGAACAGCAUUUAGAACUACUCUUUUCGUAGACUGUGCCCGGCUGAAUACAUGUAAUGAAAGUGUUCUACAAAGCAGGGCGAAUUGGAAUACCAAUUUCUGGCUUAGUUCCCAUCCACAGGCUGGCCACGCCAUCUACCGUUGUGUGGAUCAGGCAUGUGGCCUGCAUUUAGGGCCCACGCUGAUCCAAACUGGCUCACUUUAUGUUGGAAGUGAGGGCGACUCGUUUACACAUCUUGCACUUCUUCCCUGACCUUUAUUUAUCUCGUUCUUCUCCGCUGUAGAUGUGGAAUCUCUACAAGCCAUCUGUCUGUUUGCCGUUGACGAGCGGGCGGUGCACAAGAGACCCCACUUCACUCGGCAAAUAGCCCAUCGGGAGCAGGAUCCUAUGUCCGUGUAUUGUCCACCCGAUGCUGCUGCUGAAGGAGACGCCCUGCCUAUUGAGGAGGACUUGAGCGAUUCUGAAAUCCCGCGGUAACAUGGGGAUUGUCAGGAUUUUAACAAAUCCGGCCGCUCGCCAUACGCCUUCGCACACACUCCUUUCCGGAGACGCACAGCAUUUAACUUUAUCAGAUUGUUUAUUUUUCUUACCCUUAUCUACGAAAAAUGAUUCUUUUUACCUCUUACUGAGAAUUCUUUUGCAGAAAUCUACGCCGUUUUCUUGUUAUCUCCGUUUCUUGGCCUACUCCAACUAAAGGGGCUAACAUCAACGGAACCUAGUUCAUUACCCUCGUAAAUUUGAGCCUAAUUCCAGGGAACGAGCUCAGACUGUCAACUCAGACGGUGAUAGACUAUGAGAACCGGGUUACAAAGUUUGUCAGGAAAGUCGGUAUAAGGAGCCGUCUAGUGAGACGAAUGCCACAGACUGUAAGCAUUUGGGAAAGACAAAAAGAGGGCCAAUAAAUGGUCAAAUUGCAUGUCGGUAAGUGUGUUGAGUCAAAGAGCCGCACGGAAAAAAUGAAUUUACGCCACCUAGCGGUGUUCGUUUUUUACAUGCUAAUAAGAAAUAGUAGUUGUUGGGUCAAAGACCUCUUCGGUGUUCCAUCCAUAUUUUCGCAGUGUGAAUUUUCCUUUACAUUGACUGCUCUUUUAUUCUCGUGCCUGUUAAAUGCAGUUUCCGAGAGAUUCGCGUUGUGAUUGCCGUGUUAAUUAUUGUUGUGUUUCUGCUAAAAGGUCCUUCCGUGGAUCCUUUGAGGACUACUUGAAACCUGAAGUAGUGGAAGGAAAAUGUUAUAUGUCAGCGCAAGCUGACAUGGAGGUAAAGCUUUCUGGCUCUUUCAGAGGACCUUGCCGGACAUACGUCGCUCAUUUUCUGGCUCAGAGCGUAACCCACGUGUGGCUAUUAUGAUGCCGAUGGGGACGAAGAAGAGUAAAUGUUAAUCAGGGGAGUUAGGUGAUGUUGCGGCAGUCUGUUCCUGCGAUCGCCAGCGCGGUCGCUUAACAGUGACGUCUUCAGCCCAUCUGGCGUCCUUUGUCAGUCUACUGUUUAUCCGCGCGAAACUUGGCGCCAGCGUGGCGAGAGCUCGUGUUCAAUCGACGCUGUGGUCGUUGCUGAUUGGCUGAAAGCGGACAAAGCCCACGCUUCGCGCUGGGGGCUAAGAGUCUUAACGAUUGUCACUCGCCUUAUUAAUGUUUACCCCACCAACUCUGCCUCCCCGACUUGAUCUUGGAAUCGUUCAGUAGUGAAACCGUCACAUCUUCAAACAUGCUGUAAACUCACACUUUUGCUCGUUCUCUGAAGCCUAAAAAGUGACCAAAUUUGCUCCUUCAUCGUUCCCGUCCAACCGGUCACUAGCUUGUCUUCGGUAGCGGCGGCCAGGUUUUCAGGAGGACUGACUGUCCGCCUACUUUGGCUCAUUACCGGUCUUCUACUGAUUCAUCCCUGAAUUUUAAAAAUCGUGGGAGAAAGCUGAAAUAUCCACGCAUUUUUCGACGAUUUUGACAGGUAGGCUUGCGCAUAGCUUUGAAAGAUGAAAGUCGCGAUUAUUUAUAGGUCAGUUAGCGUUUAUCAGUAUGUGCUCAAAAGGAUUUUCAUGGAUGUUAGUGACUGACAUGUGAUCGGUCACCGCUCAAUUCCCGUCGUCUGAAAUCCUGGUGCUUGUAUUUUGGGGAGCCAGGUCGUGCAUGUGGCCCGCUCAGACAAGGUCACUAGAUUAUGUCAGCCACCGCACUCAUUCGCCGCUCUAAUCCACCGACCGGCUCCGAAAGUGGUUGAGGCAUGGGAAUGGGAAGGGAGAGUGAGGUCGACGACUCAGCUCGUUUUUCUCACUAUAAACAAUCUGACGCGCUUGAAACUAUCACGGUGCGCUAAAAACCGUAGCUUGGAAGGUUUCCAACUGACGGGAUAACUUGGACCUCGCAGUCAGCCUGCAGCGUAUGCUGUCCUCUCCGGGUUGUCAUCAAUUUACAACUUUCUACCUGAAGCAUGCUUACAACCAAGUCGUCCUAGAUACUGAAUCCCAAGACGCCACCACUAUCAAUACGCAUCGGAGUUUGUUUCGAUACACAAGACUACCAAUUGGAGUAAGUUCCUCUCCCGGUUUAUUUCAAUGUUUGAUUGAUAACCUCAUAAAGCAUAUACCUCAUGGUUGCGCAUAUAUUGACGAUAUAUUAGCCACCAGCCUAUCUGAACAUAGUCAUCUGAAGACUUUAAACAUUGCAGUAGGACGUUCAAAAGACACAGGUUUUAAACUCAGGAAAGAUACGUGCACCUUCCUUGCCUACUCGAUGGAAUACUUGGGCUCCAGGGGGGAUAAAACUGGCCUCCACCCACUCAAACAUAAGCUCAAAGCCUUGAAGUCGGCGCCGCGCCCCAACAAUACUAGUCAACUGUGUUCGUUUCCGGGGUUGGUCACCCAAUUUAGUCUCUUUAUGAAUCAGUCGGCCACACUUCUAAGGCCUCUUUAUCGACUACUUGAAAAAAAUCGUUGCUGGGACUGGUCGAUGUCGAACAAAGUGCUUUUGAACAGGCGAAGGAGGCUCUUACCUCCUCAUCUGUCCUUAUUCAUUAUGACACAGAAAAGCGUAUCAUACUAAAAUGUGAUGCGGCUUUGUACGGCGUAAGCGCGGUUCUCAUGCCCCUAAUGCUUUCUGGUGCGGAGAUGCCGAUUGCCUUCGCAUUAAGAACCCUAUCUCAGGUGGACACCAACCAUUCGGAAUUAAAUAAAGAGGCCUUAGCAAUAAUGUUUGGCCUACAUCGCUUCCACCUGUAUAUUUUUGGCUGACCCUUCGAGAUUCACACUGAUCACAAACCCCUCUUAGGUUUUUUAGGGGAAAACGAGGGAUACAACAGAUGUCCUCGCCAAGAAUGAAGCGAUGAGCACAGGCUGUCUGCUCGCAAAUAUGCAAUGAAAUACGUUACGGGUAGUGCAAGCAUAGUGGCUGAGGCCUUGAAUAGGCUUCCCAUUGUAGGUGAUGGCGUUACUGGGGCACCUGUUUCUGAGACCGUGAAUCAUUUGUAGAGCCUAAUCAACACACCUGUUUCCCGUCAAAGAAUUCGACAGUGGACAUCGAGGGACACUCUUUUAAGUCGGGUAUAAAGAGCCUUGCAAUCUCUCUGGCCGCCAUCUACCUCCCUUGAUUUUCAACCAUUCUUUAGCCGUCAGAACGAUUUAAGUCUAUAAGAUGAAUGCCUAUUAUGGGACAGUCAUUUAGUUGUGUUGAUACAAGGCCGGUGGGCCAUCCUCAGAGACCUGCAUAAUGCUCAUCCUGAUACAGUUAGAAUGCAAUCUCUCACCAGCUGCAAAGUUUGGUGCCCCAAAAUUGACGCAAAUAUUGAAAAUGUGCUAAAAGCAUGUCAGGUGUGCCAAAUAACACAGAAGACCUUUCCGCAGGUGCCUCUGAAGGCUUGAGCCUGGCCCGACUUGCCGUGAAAGAGGGUCGAUGGUUGACGCCCACACUAAAUGGAUUGAUGUGACUCCGACGGGAAAGUUGUGUCCUUCAUUGAUUAUAAUAAACAAGCUGUAGACCAUUUUUCUAAUUUUGGAUACUUGGAAUGGUCGUUUAAGACAAUGUCUCGGCCUUUACUUGUGCCGAAUUUAAAGAAUUCGUGGUGAAAAUGGAAUUAGGCAUUUAACCACUGCCCUGUACCACGCUGCUUAUAAUGACAUCGCAAAGUGUGCAGUUUAGACAAUAAAGCGCGGACUAGCCACACAGACGGAAGCGGACUUGGCCACCAAGCUGUCAUGCUUUUUGUUCAGCUUUCGCAUAACAUCAAACGACUCGACCGGUGCUUCGCCCGCAAAAUUGAUGUUUAAGCGGCUGUUGCGCUCGCGACUCGACCUGCUUAAUCUAGCAACGCAUGAUAAAGUCAUUUAAAGACAGACGAAGAUGAAAGCACGGCAUGAUGUGCACAUCCGACCACGAGUCGUCGCGCCUAACUAAAGGGUCUACAAGCGACUAGAACACGAAACGAACUUGUGCCCAAGCGGGGGGCAAAUAGUAGAAUUAGAAUAAGAAGAUGGAGAAGUGUGUGUCGACAUCUGGCCAAGUUCGCAGACGAACGGACACAGUAAGUGGAGAAUUCGGAAAGUUCAAACUGCCAGCAACCCUUGAUAGGGAUCCUGGCAUCCCGAAGACUUGUAGCAGCCGCUCCAAUCCCCCUUUUCUCAGGCUCCGUUUUGUCGGUCGAUGGCCGCGACAAGCGCUGACAGGCCGCUAACACACGACCAACCACACCGGCUAGACUUGGGGCUCUUCCUGUCCAGCUGCAGUGACUCCCGGCUGCCCUCACAAAUUAGUAUCAUCUCAUGCGCGUCGGAAGACAUGGCUUGAUACCCGUGAGCCCCUGUGAUUAUGCGUCCCCCUAAUCCUCCCCUUUUCCGUCCAAUCUCAUGACCAGCACUCAACCAGUCACCCCACCUACUGACACAGACUAUUACCCUCGCGUAAACUACACACCGCGGCUGACGCCUCCGUGAACGGACGCUUAUCUCUGUUGCAAGCAAACAGCCAACUUACGGCAACCUGCCCUGUCUACACAAUAAACUAUUUCUGACAGCUGCCUGACUGCUGACGUUAGACGAAACGAACUUAUUGCGCGUGGUUUAAGUUGAUCUCACAUCCUUGACCACCACAAAUUGGUGACACCGAGUUUUAGAACACUGGAAUUCCGCAAACCGUUCGUCCACAACAACCAUCUUCCGGCGACCUACAGCGCGAUGUCCUAAGACCAGAAAUCACUAAUCAAUCCAAAUUCUCAAGGAGAUAACGUACGUUGGGAUCGGCUCGAGGAGGUAUUAAUGCGCCGGAAAGUCCGGCUCACUGCAGUUACCACUAACGGCUCGCGGUGAACACCAAACCAUCGGUGUACUUCCUCCGUUUCCCAAAUCCGCCGUCCACAAUCUCCAAGUAGCGUCUGUUGGUAUCACCAACAAUUUGGAGGAGCAACUGAACAAUGUUUUCAGCCAUGCUCUUUCAAGGCAUCUCUAACGACCUCAGGGAGACGAUCCCACCCGACAGAAGAGGCCACUGCUGCUGGAAGCUUUUCCGAUCUCCACACACGCCGUUUGUUUAUCUGGGAGCGUAUCACUGACGCCAAAUUCCUUGCCGACUCUGGUGCCGAGGUUAACGUGUUUCCACCAACUCCGGCCGAACGCAAACAUCGUGGCUCUUUUUGUCUAACAGCCGCCAACAACUCCAGCACCCCCACCUUUGGACAGCGCUCACUCACACUUGAUCUGGGCCCUCGUCGGAUUUGCAGACGGGUUUUCAUUAUUGCCGACGUUUCCGUCGUCCUCAUAGGUGCCGAUUUACUAGCUCGGCACGGUGAACUUUACAACAGACACGGUAAGGGAAACUUUGAGGCAACUACAGCCCACUAAAUCCCCUGGUCCGGACGGCGUGUUCGGAAAAGUUCUGAAUGAACUCUCAGACCAACUGGCCUCUCCGUUAUCCAAGAUCUUCAAAACUUCGAUGGAGACCGGGGCUUUGCCUACCGACUGGAAGAAAGCAAAUAUAAGCCCCAUUUAUAAAGGUGGCGAGAGAACAGUUCCAAAUAGUUUCAGACCAGUGUGUCUCACUAGCAUCUGUUGCAAGUUGAUGGAAAGAGUAAUAAAAACGGAGCUGAUGCGGCACCUCGAAGAAAACAACUUGCUCAGUCUACAUCAGCAUGGAUUUCGAAAGGGUCGACCAUGUCUCGCCAACCUCCUAGUAUCCAUGGAGAGCUGGACGAAAUCAAUUGACAUGGGCUCAUCAGUCGACGCCGUGUACAUUGACUUCAAAAAGGCUUUUGACAAUGUUCCACACAGACGACUUAUAUGUAAACUACGUCAAGUGGAUGUGAAUGGAAAUCUUUUGAAAUGACUAGCCGAUUUUCUUACGGGCAGAUCUCAGCGUCUGCGUAUCGGAAACGCUAAAUCGGAAUGGGCAUCCGCGCACAGUGGCGUUCCGCAGGGAAGCGUUCUGGGUCCAAUUUUUUUCUUAAUAUAUGUGAACGACUGCCUGGACUGUCUGGAGUGCGAGCGAGUAAUGUUUGCGGACGAUCUCAAAUUGUGGAAAUCAAUAGAGAAACCGGAAGAUUCUGUUCAAUUACAAGACAAUUUAAAUCGCUCGCAAAAAUGGUGUGAUGAGUGGUGUCUUAGCCUCAAUCGUAACAAAUAAAUAAAUAAAUAAAUUUUAAUUUAAUGCCAGUUUACAGGCAUUGUCAAGGGAAGCGAUUAAACACAAAUCCGACCAGCAGUGAAAAAAAAAAACUCCUGAGCUUAAGGCAUAAAAUUAUAGUUGAUGGUGGUUUUUGUGGUUUGGAGGGCUCAGGAGAAAAAAAACUGUCGGCGGUGGUAGAAUAUCGACCGUCAAGAAGGGGGGAGGUUGCACGGUAUCGGAGAUUAUCGGACGUCAAAUUCCUUUUAUGAAGUUGGGGAUAGUCAAAGUAGAGGCGUUGAGGAACAGCUGGUGAGACCGGCCAUAGUGUUCAGAGACCACAAACGCCAUCGGUACGGUACAGUCGAUCAGUAGAUUCAGCACUCAAAAUUUGUGGGAGCUUUUCUGAAUACAAAAAUCGAGUAAUGGUUCUCUUAAAUAAAGGAAAAUUUUGCAGAGUUUUCACACUCAUGGGUAGUUUAUUCCAAAUAGCAAUUGCGUUCACAGAAAAGAACCGACGAUAUUUAACAGUACGUGCCAGAGGCAGAAAUAAGAAGACCUCACGGUGACUGUUAGGUCGUGGGUGGAUAUGAUGUCUUAAAGAAGUGAGUGGGUUAAAUGUGUGAUUAUAUAAGAGUUUAAAUAGCAAAAAUAGUCCCUUUUGUAAUCUACGGAACCAUAAAGGAUCAAGGUACGUUAGCCGGCAACCUUCUUGGUAAGACAAAUGUCGGUGUUCCGGGGUUAAAAUUCUCUUGGUAAAAAAGUGUUGAACGGAUUCUAUUUUCUUCCGCUCAGUAGCACGCAUGAGGCUAAAUGAAAACGAACAGUAUUCCAGACCAGGUCUAACGUACAUGUUGAAAAGGCGCAUUCUAAUGUCCCUAGUUUUAAAAUUUCGGAGGAUAAACCCGGUCGUUCUACGUGCUUUGGAGACUAUCAAGGCACAGUGCUCCGAGAGAUUAAGACUCUUGGAGUAUGAUACGCCCAAAUCCCUUAUGCAUCAUCAACCUUCAUGCCCGUUGUCAAUCCAAUGUGAACCCCCCGUGUCAACCCUCUCACUGUUAUGCCCACCUCUGACUGUCCUUUCCUCUCACUCCUCAGGCAAUUCCCCCGUCCGACCAACCCCUCAUUUCGUGAAGUGAACAUCAAAUGCACAGUCACCCACCACGUUCGCACCACUGGACCUCCCAAAUCUAGCCGACCAAGUCUUCUUGCCCCGGAGAGUUUGAAAAUUGCCAAGGCAGAGUUCGAACACAUGCUUGAGCUCGGCAACAUCCGACAGCGCGACAGCUGCUGGGCAUCACCCCUGCAUCUUGUCCCAAAGAACAGCGGCGACUGA